AUGUCGUCCGAUAUGGAUCGUAUGGAUCGGGAAUGGAAGCCCAAGAUGCGCCCUCAGUCGACCAUGGCGCAGGACUUUUCGACGGCUCUGGACAGCGCCUUUAUGCUCGACAGCAAUGUCAACGAACUCUCGCAAACCAUUGAUCAAAAGAAGCAGCAGAUGAUGAUCCAGAGCCGUGAGCUCGAGGAGUUGCAGCAGCGAAUCCGCGACGCAGAAAACCGACUGAAGUCGCGGCAGUCGGUCAACUUUGGCACCUCCGUGGCCGCGGGCCGGAAUGGAGAGGGCCAGACAGCCGCUCCCCGCGAAGGAACCGUGACCGAGCAGCCUCAGGAGGAGGAAGAAAAGACAAAUGCGUCGUAA